ACACACACACGCACACAGUAUGCCCGCGCAGACACACACACAAAAUACGCUCUCGCAGAGGUCGUUUCCCAUCCCCCCCCAACUCCCGCCGCGUUCCUGGGGGGGCCUCUUCUCCUCACACAGGACAGGGCUUAGGCCUCCCAUUUCUUGUCUGUCCCUUGGACACGGAAUUCCAUGUUUCAUCCCGUGUUCACGUGGCCUCGGGGGUCAGUGCUUCCUCUGCAGUCGCAAGGGAAGAAACCACCCCAAUUUCUUUAAUUUCUUUCGGCAUGCCGUCUUAGCCUUUUGCUGAAGACUUUGCUUCAUGAGGAAUAUCUGAAUUUCAUUUUUAAAGGAAGUGUUUAGUGUUGCAAGCGGGACGGCACUGUGUUCAGCCCCUCCAUGUCACCCUGCCACACCUGCACGCCAGGCAUGGAGACCGGCCCGCAACGAGCCUGUUUCUGGUACUGAGUCUCCCCCGGGAAGCUUUUCCCGGCGUCCCAGGCCGGGUCAGUCCCUCACAGGCUACUGUGGGAGUCCGUAUCUUCCCAUUUUUCUACAGCGGCUUCAUAUGAAAAGUCUUGAGGGUGGAUGGUGGCCUUGCCUCCCUCCUGUUCCCCUCGGUGAGGUGCGCAUAGCUCGCUGUGCCAUGCCGGGCCACACACACGUCGCACCGUCACCCUCAGCAAACGAUGCGGGAUCCUUAAGGGCCCAGGCUGCAUUUUGCAGACCAGGAAGCUGACUCGGAAAGAGGACAGGACUCACCCAGAGCUGGUGGCUGACAAGCCUGGGGCUGGUUUUUGGGGCUUUUGCUGCAUUUGAAUGCACUCCUCAUUCCUCUUGAGCUCUGGCCUCGAAGGACUGUGUUUCUGUGUGCCACGUGCAAGCAGGCCUCUGGCCACACCCUCUGCAUGGAGUUGGCAGAAGCAGCCAUGGGAAGGACGCGGGAUGGAGGCUGGAACUCCGAGAUGGGUGAGAAGGUAGUUCAGAACUCCAACGGAAAGAAGUGAUUGAUUAGAGCCGUGGUGUUUCUAUGCCAUUCUUCAUCCUGGUCGAAGAUAUGUAUGAAACCGACAAGCACAGCGUUUUGUAGGGUGCACGGCUGGUCCAGAAAGAACCCUUGCUCCCAGGGGGCCAUCGGGUGUCCAGGCCUUUGCUUCUGGCCUGAAUUCAUCAUUUGUUCAUAGAACCUCUCAAAUUAGCAAAUACUGAAGAAACCCCUGCUCUGGGCUGGCUCGCUCCCGUGUCCUCUGAGCGUCCGUGUGUGAGUGAGGGUGGGUGGGGGUGUGUGUGUGUGUCCAGCAUGCUCUGUGGCCCUGCCGUGGUUAUGGGGCCAGGUGGAUGGGCAGUGCCAGAACCUGGGGUUUCCGAGACCAGCGGCUCAGUGUGGCUGCCUGGGGCAGGGUGCCCUGAGCUGAGCUUGUGGGGUUUCUCCUGGAAGAGACCUGGAAUGGUCACAGCUGUUUACUGCGGCUCCUCAUAGGCGCAUCUGAGCGUCUGUGGUGAGGGAGGUCAGGAGGUGAUUGAGAAACCGGCCGCACCUCCUAGCCCUUGGAGGAUCUUGAGGCCUCCUGUUCUGGAGAAACUUCCAAUGCCUCGUUUUCUAGAGGUAGUCUGGGGCUCCGUGUUGGUGAGGGGAGUGUGGAGACCUGUUCCAGAUGGGGUUUGCGGGCACGGUUUCAGAAGGGGCUUCUAAGAUCUUGGCCCGGGAGGGUUGUGAAGAUUCCUGGUCCCUGCCUCCCUCCACCCCUGCCUCUGCUCUUCUGGGAGGAAUAAGGGAUUUGAGAAGGCGGCUAGGCCAGGCAGCUCAGCAAGCAGUCACAGCAAGAAACUGAGUCUGGGUGGGCGGGAGGUUUGUUUUUGGGUCAGUACAGCAUCUGACUUCCUGGCUUUUCUGAUGGCCUCUGCCUGAGUGCUUCCCCGGGAGAGGCCAGGCUGCUCCUAGGAGAGCCACUUCUCGUUUCCAGCUCUAGCAAGUGGCUUCAGUUUGCUUGGUAGGAGUUCAGCACACCCGGGGGCUGGGCAGGGCUGGGCUGCACCCGAGGCCACCCUCUCCCCAUGGUGCGUGCUAACGCCUGCGUGGGUCCUCUCAAUGACACUUGAGUUUCAGCUGGAGUGUCCUGGUGAGGCUAGAGGCGUGAGGAUGUCAGGAGCAUCCCGGGGAGGCUAGAGGUGUGAGGAUGCCAGCGGGGUGCCAUGCGUGCCCAUUGCAUUCCUCUCUCUUCCCCUUCUGCUUUCCAGCCCCUGAAGUGCUGUGCCUGGAGAGACCAUUGUGGACCCUGGAGAGGCCCCUGCUGUGUAUACAGUAAAAACUUGACCACCCCAAACCUGGUCAGCAUUUGAGGGGAGCCGCUGCCACAGUACCCACAGAGAAGGCGGGGGUUCCAGCUGUGCGGAGCAGCAGAGGGACGUCUGACAGGGUCCUCUCCCCUGCAGAGAGAACUGGCAGCGGACUGUGCUGCUGGGAGCCAGGGCCUGGGCGUGUAGAGCCUGGAAAGCAAGGGACCCCUGAGGCAGCAGGUGUAGCGCGUGGAGUGGGGAACCCGGGAGGGACUGGGGCUGUACUCAGGACCAGCAGAGCAGGCAGAGUGGAGAGGGAGAGACUGAGGCUCGGGAGGGAAGCAGGAGGAGGGGGAAGGAGCGGCAGCAGUCCAGGCCAGGCGUGUGGCCUGUGAGCACUGGGACCAGCCACCCCUCCCCAUGGCCUCCAAGCCGGCUGCCGGGAAGAGCAGAGGGGAGAAGCGGAAGAGAGUGGUGCUGACGCUGAAGGAGAAGAUUGACAUCUGCACGCGCCUGGAGAAGGGUGAGAGCCGGAAGGCGCUGAUGCAGGAGUACAACGUGGGCAUGUCCACCCUCUACGACAUCAGGGCCCACAAGGCACAGCUGCUCCGCUUCUUUGCCAGCUCAGACUCCAACAAGGCGCUGGAGCAGCGGCGCACGCUGCACACGCCCAAGCUGGAGCACCUGGACCGCGUCCUGUACCAGUGGUUCCUGGGGAAGCGAUCCGAGGGCGUUCCUGUGUCAGGCCCCAUGCUCAUUGAGAAGGCCAAGGACUUCUACGAGCAGAUGCAGCUCACCGAGCCCUGUGUCUUCUCUGGAGGGUGGCUUUGGCGCUUUAAGGCCAGACACGGCAUUAAAAAGCUAGAUGCGUCCAGCGAAAAGCAGGCAGCCGACCGCCAGGCGGCGGAGCAGUUCUGUGGGUUUUUCAGGAGCUUGGCUGCAGAGCACGGGCUGUCCCCCGAGCAGGUUUACAAUGCUGAUGAGACCGGCCUUUUCUGGCGGUGUCUGCCGAAUCCCACUCCGGAAGGUGGGGCCGGGCCCGGCCUCAAGCAGAGCAAGGACCGGCUGACCGUGCUGAUGUGUGCCAACGCCACAGGCUCCCACCGGCUCAAGCCCUUGGCCAUCGGGAAGUGCAGCGGCCCCAGGGCCUUCAAGGGCAUCCAGCACCUGCCCGCCGCCUAUAAGGCCCAGGGGAACGCUUGGGUGGACAAGGAGAUUUUUUCCGAUUGGUUCCAUCACAUCUUCGUGCCAUCAGUGAGAGAGCACUUCCGAAGCAUAGGUUUGCCGGAAGACAGCAAGGCUGUUCUCUUGCUGGACAGCUCCCGGGCUCACCCGCAGGAGGCCGAGCUGGUGUCCAGUAACAUUUUCACCAUCUUCCUGCCUGCCAGUGUGGCCUCGCUAGUGCAGCCCAUGGAGCAGGGCAUCCGGAGAGACUUCAUGAGGAACUUCAUUAACCCUCCGGCCUCCCUGCAGGGCCCCCACGCCCGCUACAGCGUGAAUGACGCCAUCUUCAGUGUAGCCUGUGCCUGGAAUGCGGUGCCCAGCCGCGUCUUCAGGCGGGCCUGGAGGAAGCUGUGGCCGUCGAUUGUGUUUGCCGAAGGCUCCUCAUCUGAGGAGGAGGUGGAGGCAGCUCGCUUCCAGGCGAAGCCCCACAACAAGUCCUUUGCGCACAUCCUGGAGCUGGUGAAGGAGGGCUCGUCCUGCCCCGGACAGCUUCGCCAGCGCCAGGCCACCGGCUGGGGUGUAGUGGGAAGGGAGGCGGAAGGGGGACGGCUGCCUGCUCCCGCAUCGCCAGCAGAGGCGGUGUGGAAUUCAGAAAAGACUCCGAAAACCAAGCAGGAUGGUGGAGGAGACGCAGGUGAGGGUGAGGAGGCUGCCUGGGCGCAGGCGGCCUUGGCCUUUGACGCAGUGCUGCGCUUUGCAGAGCGGCAGCCGUGUUUCAGCACGCAGGAAGUGGGGCAGCUGCGGGUGCUGCACGCUGUGUUCCAGAGCCAGCAGCAGGUGAGGAGGCGGCAUGGCGCCCUCGGGGCUGUGGUCAAGGUCGAAGCCCUCCAGGAGGGCCCUGGCGGCUGUGGGGCCAUGGCUUGCUCUCCCUUGCCCUGCUCAUCCACCGCAGGUGACAACUGAUGGCUUGUCUGCCCUGCCCUGCCCUGGCCACUGGCCCUGUUUUGCCACACACGCUGGAGUGGCACGGUCCUGUACCCCGACUCUACCCGAGGCAGGAGGGCGUGUGCAGACACUUGAGAGCCCUUCCAGGAGCGGGUGGCCCAUGGGUGUGGCUCAUGUGCUCAGGAUGGUCUGGGCCCGAGGUUCCUGUUAAUACAGGUUUUAUUUUAUACUUGCUGUGUCAUCUGGAAGUGAGGAAAUGUUUUGGACGGGUCCAGCCUAGCCUAGAACAGGCCAGAGCCUCACGCUGGCGGGAAUGGGGCCAGGCUGGGCCGAUCUGGCUUCCUGUUUGCUGGCUGAUCAUUGCAGUAUCGGAGGGUGGAGAUGUCUGUCUGUCCACUUGGAGAGAAGUUGCUCUCCAGGCCGACAGGAGGCCAUGGCCACUGCCCGCCACCCCUAGACAGGUUGUGUAUGUGCCAAAGCCCACCUCCUGCAUCUCAGAAGGCUCUAUUCACUGGGCUGGUGGCCAUCCCUUUGCUGGGUGGACCCUGAGCGCUCUGUCUGAGGGCAGAUGGCCAAGAGCUGGGACUCAAUUCUUGGCCUGCUGGUGGCUGAACAGGCCACGUGUCUCACUUCAGUCAUGGCCUCAGGCAGCAGAAUGACUCUGGAACGAUCCUCUGUUCCUCACAGAUCUGGCCCCAAGAUGUGGGGGGCCCCACGGAGAGUUGACUUGGUGGAGUUCCUUCCUGGGAAGAAAGUAGGUGUGGCUGACCAGGCCCUGCUCAUCACCCAGAUAGAGGACGUGGACCCUGUGUGCUAUUUUGGCAUUUAGGCUCAGAGUCCAAUGUACCACGUUGCCCAGGAUUUCACAGUUGCGGCCUUUACAUGAAUCUGUCUUCAUCAGGCAUUCAGAGAUUAGUCUUAGGGUUGCACACAAGUCAUUGAAAACCAUACAACUGGCUGCUUAGAUCCCCAGCUGUUACCACGUCAGUAAUACUUUCCAGGAGGGGUUGUCUGUCCUGGUAGUUUCACAGAAGUGGUUGUGAGAGAAUGUGGUUAUUUUCUCCAUUCUCCAUGUCUGUAGGUGCUUUGCAGAAUCUCCACUUCAGGGCCAAUACUCACUGCCUGCAGCAGAGAUUCCAGAAUGCCCUGCGUCGACAGGGAUAAGCCUCGUCUUUGAGAGACUGUGAAAUAGUGUAUUCUUUUCUUGUCUUUCUUUUUUUUUUUUGAAGCAGGGUCUCGCUGUGUCGACCAAGCUGGAGUGAAGUGAUGUGAUCACAGCUCAUGGCAGCCUUGACCUCCCUGGCUUGAGUGUUCCUCCUGCCCCAGCCUCCUGAGUAGCUGGGACUAGGGGCGUGCACGACCACGCCUACCUUUUUUUGUUUUUGUAGAGACGGUCUCACUCUGUUGCCCAUUCUGGUCUUGAACUCUUGGCCUCAAGUGAUCCUCCUGCCUUGGCCUCCCAAAGUGCUGAGGUUACAGCCGUGAGCCACAGCACUUGGCCUAAAUGGGUUUUUCUUGCUACGUUCUUUUCAGUGCUUUGCUCUUGAAUUCGCUUCCCUUCUUGAAUUCGUAUCAUUUGGCUGAGUCAGCGUGUCGUUUGUGUUCCAGCGUCUGCUGUUGAUUCCACGGACACCUUUGUUCUCAUGAGGAAGAGGUCUGGGCUCGCUGCAGUUUCUCGUAUUUUCAUGUCUGCAGACAUGGGCAAAAGUCCUUGCCGACAGAGCCCUACCUGUGUCCUGGAAGUGUGUGUUUCUUGCUUUGAAUGUUUGUGUGAAGAUACAAAAGCAAGUCGUUUUUAAAGAUCUCGGUGCCAAGUGACAGGCCCGGUGGUUCCCAGCUGAACCCCAGCUCCCAGCCCUACAUGCUCGUUCCUUUGCCCGUGUGUACCACGUCUGGACUCAGCUCCAGCUGCCACUUCCACACGUGGACCCUCAGACCUUGCACAUUUGUUUCCCUUUCAGGGCAGUGAUGUUGAAAUGAGGUGGGGUCCUUCCUGUUUAGAGAUGAGACGGGGCAGGGAGGGCAGGUGUGAAAUUGCUGAGGGCAGAGCCAGACCCAGGGCUGCCUGUUGAGUCCAGCAGGGACCUGCUCCUGGUGACCAGCCUCAUGUUCUCCACUGCUCGUUCCCUGCUAUUCACCAGCUGCGUGACCUUGAGCAGUGCCCUCCAGUGUGAACAGAGGUGAGAACACUCCUUUGCCAACUUUUUUAGGACCCACUCUUGUGUGAGGCCUUGAACCUCAUUUCAGUUCCGUGGUGGUCAUGAGCCUCUGAAUUGGCAUGGCCCCUGCUGGGUCCUGGUCUCAAAGGCAGCACGAUGGCCUCCCUGCUGUGGCCCUGCACCCAGUGGGUAGAUUCUGGGAGGCCCAGUGGCCAUGGCUGGGUCCUCUCUUGGAGAGCCUGAUAGCACAGCCUUCUCCACACCCAGGCUGUUUGGGAAGCAAGAGACAAGGUGCUCGAAGGCCCUCUGUGUCUGCAGGUGAUCCCGUCCCACACAGGCCUCCUUAGCAGCCAAAGGAACUGAGGUCCAGACCAUGGAGUGUGUUGCUCAGUGUCAGAGCCUGGUUUGUUCUUGGGUCAGGCGUCCUGCACUGAUCCCAAGUCACCCCAAGCCAAGGUAUGUCCCUGGGCCCACUUCCCCUCUCGAGAUCUUGGGUUUCCUAUUUCACAUGUGUGUGCAAGGAAGGCCUGUCCUCUAGGGUGGCCAUGAGGCUCGGUGGGAGGAGCUGCCAGGCUGGAGCCAGGACUUGGCAUCUGGUCAGCCUCUGUUUCAUUGCAUCUUGAUGGGCUCUCAGUUCUGUAGAGAAGAAAUAUACUAGGAAUCCCAUUCUUUCUCCCAGAUUCCCCCUGGCAGAGGGAAGUGGCUACACCCCCACGGUGUGGACAUUCUGACGCUCCUCCACAAAGCAGCAAAGUUCCGUUGUUUCAGGAAACUGUGCUCCUUGAGGAUGUGGUAGUGACCUCCCCAGAGGAGUGGGCAAGUCCUAAGUCCUGCCCGGAGGCUUCUACAGAGACAUAAUGUUGGAGAACUUCUGCUACAGGGCAGUGUGGGUAAGACUCCUCUGUCCCCACCAGUGUGGCUGCCCUCUCCAUGACCGUGGUGUUCAGGACUGCAUGUUUGUGUCACCCCAGCAUUUAUAUGUUGAAACCCUGACCCCCAACAGAGUGGUCUUAGGAGGUGGGGCCUUUGGAAGGUGAUUACACUUAGCUGAGGUCAUGAGGGGGGAACCCCCCAAUGAGAUUAAGUCCUUAUAAGAAAGGAAGGAACUAGAGUGAGCUCACUUUCUGCUGUGUGAGCACACAAGAAAACUGCCAUCUUCAAGCUGGGCUUGGUAGCUCAUGCCUGUAAUCCCAGCAUUUUGGGAGGCCAAGGCAUUAGGAUUGCUUGAGCCAAGAGUUUGAGACCAGCCUAAGCAACAUAAGACCUUAUCACUUAAAAAAAAAAAAAGAAAGAAAGAAAACUGCCAUCUGCAAAUCAGAGAGAGCCUUUAGCAGACAGCAGAUUGCCAGUGCCUUUGAUACUGGACUUCCAGUUCCCAGACCUGUAAUAAAUUAGUUUCUGUUGUUUAAGCCACCCAGCCUGUGGUAUUUCGUUACAGCAAUCCACAUUGACUGAGACAGGCAGUGAGGGGAGAGCAGGGGAUCCAGCCUGCUUCCGGUCCAGGCAGUUCUGCUGUUGCCCCCCACUCCCCAGUACCAGUCAUGGGCCAGCCCCUGGGGGACUUGGUGUGAGUAAAGCAUGCCUCUGUCAUUAAGGUUCACCUGGUCUAAAAGUGGAAGCAAACCCACACCGCCCACCUUGACCCAGACGGAGGCGAUAACUACAGAGCACUUCAUGGCCAGGGCCUCUGGGGGAGUCCCACCCUACCCUAACCAGUGCCAGUAACAGAGGGACCCUGAAGUUGUGUACACAAGAUAGCAGCCUAGUUCUUGCCCACGUACUAGCCGAGAAGGGAAAUCAGGGCUGGUGAAUCAGCUUGACUGUCUGGCAGAGCCAGGCCCCUGCCAUGAUCUGGUUUGAACAUUUGUCCUUUCUAAUCUUAUGUGGAAAUUUGAUCCCCAAUGUUGAAGGUGGGGCCUGGUGGGAGAUGUUUCUGUUACUGGGGUGAAUCCUUCCUUUAUGAAUAGCUUGGUGACAUCUUUGUGGUAACAAGUGAGUUCUCACUUGAUCAGUUUCUGUGUGAACUGUUAAAAAGAGCCUGGUACCUCCCUCCCUUCUUCCUCCUCCUCUUGCCAUGUGAUGCUGCUUCCUUUGCCUUCCAUCAUGAGUGGAAGCUCCCUGAAGCCCUCACCAGAAGCAAAUGCUGGCACCAUGCUUCUACAGCCUGCAGAACUGUGAGCCAAAUAAACCUCUUUCUUUAUAGAUUA